AUGAAACCCCCGUCCGCACUCCCCUGGAUCUCCCCGCUGCAGUACCGCAGCCCCGCCCGCGGCGCGCCGCCCGCCCCACCGUCUCCCCCGCCUCCACCCCCUCCCACCCGGCCGCCGCGGUACCUCCACCACCCGGAACUCGCGCGCCUCAUCGCGUCCUCCCCGUCCGCGCAGCGCGCGCUCGACCUCUUCAACGCGGACUCCUCCCAGCGCGGCUUCUCCCACACGCCGGCCACCUUCUCGGCGCUCCUCGUCCGCCUCGCGCGCGCGCGGCUCCCGCGCGCCGCCGCCGCCGUGCUCCACCGAACCGCCUCCGAGCCCUGCCGGUUCCAGGAGCCGCAGUUCCUGCCGCUCGUCCGCCUCCUCCCGCCCGACCACGCGCUCGCGCUCCUCCGCUUCCUGCCCACGCUGCUCCGCACGAGCCGCGUCUCACACAAGGCGCUCGCCGUCUGCCUGGACCGCCUCGUCUCCUCCCGCGGCUGCCACGGCGUCCUCGACGAGCUCCUAGCCGACCUGCGCGACCCCCGGAACAAGUACCUUCCAAGGCCUAACACAUGCGUCUACAACAUCCUCAUCAAGUACUAUGUCAAAAACGGCGAAUUGGAGACCGCCUUCAAAGUGCUCGACGAAAUGCGCGAGUACACCUGCGCUGACGUGAAGCCGAACUUGGUCACCUAUUCAACAUUGAUCGGUGGGCUCUGCCGUGGCGGUAAGAUGAUGGAAGCGUUUGAGCUAUUCGAGGAGAUGAUCGAGAAGGACCGCAUUGUGCCUGAUCAGCUGUUGUACAAUGUGAUAAUCGAUGGGUUCUGUAGACUGGGGCAGGUGGAUAAGGCUCGUGCAAUCUUUGGAUUUAUGAGGAAGAACGAGUGUGAGCCCAAUGCCUUCAAUUAUGCCACGCUGAUUAAUGGGCACUGUAAGAAAGCGGACAUUGAGGCGGCGAGAUCGGUAUUUGAGGAGAUGAGGAAUGCUGGUGUGGAGCCAGAUGCUGUGAGUUACACUGCACUGAUCGGCUGCCUUUGCAGGCAUGGAAGUGUGGAUGAGGGCAUCAAUCUUGUUUUGGAGAUGAAGCAGAAGGGGUGUAGCGCUGAUGUCGUCACAUACAAUCUGGUGAUUGAGGGGCUGUGUAAAGAUGGGCGGACAGUGGAAGCAAUGGACCUGCUUGAGAGUGUGCCGCUGGAAGGAGUUAAGUUGAACGUCGCGAGCUAUCGGAUCUUAAUGAACUGCUUGUGCUCCCGUGGGGAGAUGGACAAGGCAGUUGGCUUGCUGGGAUUGAUGCUUGGACGAGGGUUUCUACCUCACUAUGCAGCGUCAAACAACCUGUUGAUUGGUCUGUGUGAUGUUGGGCGCAUAGCAGAUGCUACGAUGGCAUUGUAUGGGUUAGCUGAUGCAGGCUUCAUGCCAGAGGCUAGAUGUUGGGAGAGGCUUGUGGAGACUGUGUGCCGGGAGAGAAAGCAAAGGAGAUCUACUGAGCUACUAGAUGUCUUGGUUGGCGUAGGUUGUUGUCUUGAGGAAAGGAACUCACAGCAGUGUAUCUCUCCCCAUUUGCAUUACGGGAUUGAAUUGAAGUUUUAA